AUGUCAACGUGGCUGAAAAUAUCUGUGGAACCUCUCACGCUAUUGGUCCCCCUAGUUUCGGCCUUUCACCAACCAGCAAACACCUACAAUAUAUACAUACCUAGAGUCCCAUGUUUGCACUUCAAGAGAGCAGCCUCGACAACAUCAAAUAAACGACACCCAAUAAUCUAUUUAAUUCAAUUUCGGAACGUUAAUUCGGCAUCUCUGCAAAUCCCUAUAGAUACCACAAAAUGCACUGUGAUGUUCACCUGUUGA